AUCGUGGACGGAAUACGGUGCCGUUUUCACUCCUGGCGGCAGCUCUCCUAUAAAUUUAUUAUCCAGCUCAACCCGUGCCAACCCGGCCCGUGUUCAUCCACCGUUCGCUCACCAACCGUGCCCCAAGUUUCUCCUCCACCGCCCUCCCCUCGAUCCAGAUCCCUCCAUUUCGCCGCCGCCGCGCCUCUCCCCUCUCCUCCCGUGGCCGUCCUCAUCCCCGGGGCGCCGCUGGUCCGUCCGGGCCGGCUUGGGUUGGUUCCUCCUCUCGCCGGUGAUUAGACUUGUAUAAGAAAUGGAUGCUACUGCUGGCUAAUUGUGAUACAAACUUAUAUGGACAUAGGUAUUGGGGCCAUGUGUGAGGGAGGAAACUGUUUCUACCUUGUCAAUAAGGAGAGUACUGUUGAUUCUACCAGGAAAGUCCAUUCCACAGACUCUCACUAUCGGAUGGCAUCUGAUACAGCAAGGGUAACGAAAACAGAGACAUCAAAGUUGAAGAACAUCAUUUCGGCAUCAUUCAAGCCCUUGUCCCUGACCGUUCCCAUAGGCGACGGAUUCCACGAAUCCUUCCCUUUCAGCCAUUGCCAUUUAUAGUAGACAAGGUCUUUAAGUAAGCCAAGGGUUUUUAUUCCUAUUGGUUUGCAAGAGGAGGCGAACAUUGAGGUGCUUCCUACUAAAUCUCAUAAUGCUUGCAUUUGUUGGGUCACAAGAACAGUUUUCUCAAUCACAGACGUGCCUACGUGCGAGGAUGCUGCUCAAGCCUCCUACAAGACCCAAACUUUAUUCAGGGCUUAUGCCCCAAGAGGAACGUGAUUCAUACUGUGAUCUAAUACCAGGCUUGCCUGAAGACUUGGCAAAGAUAUGUCUUGCCCUUGUUCCUCGUAGUCAUUUUCCUGUUAUGGGCGCAGUUUCCAAGCGGUGGAUGUCAUUUCUUGAGAGCAAGGAACUAAUAGCUGUAAGGAAGGAGGUUGGGAAACUUGAGGAGUGGGUGUAUGUAUUAACUCCAGAAGCUGGCACAAAGGGGUCGCACUGGGAGAUUUUGGAGUGUUCAGGGCAGACGCAAAGCCCUCUUCCGCGAAUGCCUGGACUAACCAAGGCAGGAUUUGGUGUGGUUGUUAUUGGUGGGAAGCUCUUUGUUAUUGCUGGAUAUGCUGCUGACCAUGGGAAGGAAUAUGUUUCGGAUGAGGUUUACCAGUAUGAUUCUUGCCUCAACAGGUGGACUUUGCUUGCUAAGAUGAAUGUGGCUCGAUGUGACUUCGCCUGUGCAGAGGUCAAUGGUGUGAUAUAUGUUGCUGGUGGAUUUGGUCCAAAUGGUGACAAUUUGUCUAGUGUCGAAGUUUAUGACCCAGAACAGAAUAGAUGGACACUGAUUGAGAGCCUGCGCAGGCCAAGGUGGGGCUGCUUUGGGUGCAGUUUUGAAGGGAAGCUUUUUGUCAUGGGUGGCCGUUCAAGCUUCACAAUUGGCAACUCUCGUUUCGUUGACGUGUACAAUCCUAUCAACCACGCCUGGGGAGAGGUUAAGAAUGGCUGCGUGAUGGUCACGGCUCAUGCCGUUCUUGGUGAGAAGCUCUUCUGCAUUGAAUGGAAGAACCAGAGGUCCCUGGCGAUCUUUAACCCAGCUGAUAACUCGUGGCAGAAAAUCCCGGUGCCGCUUACAGGUAGCUCAAGAACUCGUUUUUCAUUGGGUAUACAUGACGACAAGCUGCUGCUCUUCCCAUUGGAGGAAGAGCCCGGGUAUCAGACGCUGAUGUAUGAUCCCGCUGCGCCAACGGGUUCUGAGUGGUGCACGUCAAAGCUGAAGCCCUCGGGGUCUUGUCUGUGCAGCGUGACCAUCAAAGCCUAAUGAUGCCCUGGAGCGCACAUGUGGUGGCAGUUUACUAUCCUUAUAGGAUGGGAUCCUGCUUCUUUCCUCGCUUAGUGUUCAGAUGAGGCCCGUCUUUGGUUGGCCUCAUGUUCACUCUUGUUUGCUUAUAACUUUCAUUCACUCGUUGCACUCUUAAACAAUAAUUUGACAUUUAUGCGUCAGUUCAUUGAAUUGCUGUAGCGCCAUGAUGUAUUCUCAUUUCACCUGUAUUGAACUCUGAUUCUGGCCAUAGGGCCAUCAAUUGAUAAGGUCUCUUUUGCUGUUCACCCA